AUGUUCUAUUUUCAAAUUUCUUAAGCGCCACAGAUUGUUUGGCAGAUUGGUGCUGAAGGUUAGCAUAUUUCGGAGGAAUUUUAUAUAAUUUUACUUAAACCUAGUACAGGUCCUGCUCUGACGAUGAAAAAGGCGACUACGAUCCAUUUUAGGGAAACGUCUGCGGUGCUUAAACCUGUUUGCGACAAUGUUGUCAGAAAAAACGCCAACACGAGGACAUUAAAAGGGCCUUCCACACGUUAUGGAGUACAAAAUGAGCUAAAGGAUCAAAAUCAGCUUCUGAUAUCCACCAAUGAAGACCUUCACAAACAUGUCUUCGAAAUGGAGAAUAAGAUAGCUCUUCUGGAGCAGCAGUGUGGCGAUGUCAAGGGAGAAAACUCAGAAAUACAGAAGCGUCUGAGGGACUGCCAUACUCUUCUUGUUGCAGCUAACAUUGACCCAGUGCUUGGUGAGCACAUACAUGAAGCAUCUAAUGAGACGGAGGAGCAGAGGAAGGAAGUUAUGAAUAUUUCCAAAAAUCUACUGAACGAGCUGGAAAAGUUUGACUCAAUGGCAUCAGCCCACAGAGGACAACUGGAGGAAAUACAGAACGUCAUGAAGGACCUGAAAGAGGCACGGGAGAAACUGAGAGAGGAGAGGGGCACCAUCAAACUGGAGGUGGAGGAAAUGGAGAGGGAUUUGGAAGAGGCAGGACAGCUGUUACUGGAAUGACAAGAACCGGAGCAUUUGAUUUCCUAUGUUACAUAUUUCAAUUGAUUCAAUAAAUAUCAUAUAUUUUA